AUUGCUUCAGUGGGUGCGGAAAGGACAACCUGUCCGAUCACAAACGCGAUAGACUUCCCAUAUCCUUGUCAGAAGUAGUGCUGAUCGACGUCAGUGGUGCUGAAGACAGUGUGUAAGACAACGUCUUCCUGGCGUACAUUGAGUCUUAAAGAUUGCCUUCGUCUUUUAAAAAAGUCGAACUUACUGCUGAUCGUUGUAUCAAGCACAACAGGACACCAAACUGCAGAACCCUAGGCACCUUCAGGAAUGCAACACUGCAAGGCCCCUGCUCUACAACAAAGUAGCCUGCCGGGCGCUUACUACAGAUUGGAACAUGUACGUAAGCCUUCGCAUGCCUGUAGUUGCCCCAGCAAAGCAUCCAAACCAGGGAGCUCAUGUAGAUCACAGCGCGCCAGAUGUGCAACACUUGCAGCAGCUGCCUCUGUCGAGCAGACAGAAGCACCAAGCUGGGGCCCAACAACGGAGGUCUGGUCAAAGCACGCAAAGCUCAGCUAUGACACCUUGCAGGCUCGCUUCAAGGCUGCAGACCUUGAUGGGAAUGGAGUGAUUGAUCGCGAAGAGCUGAGAGCACUACUGGAAAGCACAGACAGCGGUGCUCAAUACUCCAUCACUCGGUGGCUGGAGGAUGAUGACUUGGACCGGAUCAUGCAGAACUACGAUGCCAACAAUGACGGAGUCAUCCAGUUUGAGGAGUUUAGCAAGCUGGCCCAGGACAACAUCCUCUUCACUGGCAAGAUAGAGGAGUAUGAGGCAGCCUUCAAGCUUGUUGACACUGAGGGAAAAGGCUCUGUCAAUGCCUCGCAGCUGGCGUCGCUGUUCCAAAGCCUGGGACACCCACUCCCCUAUGACAAGCUCACAAAGAUCAUGUCAGAGUACAACAUCUCCAACAAAGGGCAGGUCACAUUCCCAACCAUGAUGAAGAUGUUCCGCAAUGAGCUGCUGGACCUGAAAGAGAUCCUGGAGUACAUCAAGAUGCAGCCCUCCGAGGACGCCACCUCUAGCACGGACACGGGGCCCAAGAUGCACCCGGGCGAGGUGGUGGAGAUAGAGUCGGAGGAGGAAUUGGAUGCACUGCUGAGCGAGGACAAAGAAUCGCUGACUGUGCUGCUGGCCUCUUUAACCUGGUGCCGCCCCUGCAAGACCCUCGCCAAACCCCUGCAGACUCUGGCGCAGGCGUACCGUGAGGUGGGCUUUGUGAAAAUGUACGGCAACGCCAGCGAAGCCGCCAAGCACCUGUUCAAGGACCGGCUCAAGGCGCGUGUCACGCCCACCUUCUACUUCUUCCGCAACGGCGAGCUGCUGCACACGCACACGGGAGCCAACAAGAACAAGCUGGAAUACUAUAUGCGCCAGUGCCUCAAGCCCAAAGAGCGGCCGCCCAAUGAGCUGUUCCCAAUAACCACCCUGGGCGCAGGGGGCCCUCGCUGA